UAUUUGUAGAUCCCAAACAGCGUUUGCCCUCACUAAAUCGACAAAAUUUGAUGUAAUUCGAGUAAAAUUAAGAAUCAGUGCGACAUUCAAGAGUGACUAAAUUAUUGUUCAGAAUGACCAAGGGCGUGAGGAUUUCCAACGAUGGAUUGCCUGGCCUGCCGAAUGAAAGGCUAUAUGCUCGAGGAACCAGCGAUUCGCGCCAGAAGUCUCAGAAGAAGUGCUCCAGGCCAUCCAGGAAGCCACUGCAAUCGCUACAAACUGCCGAUCGGAGCACUAGCUCCUGCAGCCUGAGGUACAAGGGAAGUCCGCUCUCCGAGGUAGAACUGGGUGUGCUGGUGCAGCAGGAUUGUAAGGCGGAGAAGCAUCACACCGACCGCCAGAACUUGGCGGACAUAAUCCUGAUGCAGGCUCGUCGCAUCGAGAAGCAGCAGCGCGAAAUGCACAGAAUAAAAGCGCACUAUGAGCGCCAGGUGUCCACCAUCAAGAACAAUGCCAUCAUGCUGGAAUCCCAUCUGCAGAAGGUGCUGGCGAGUGUCGAAAGGGAUCGGGCCAAGCGGAUGGGCCACCACUGCCAGGACAUGUUCGGGGCCGUGGAGAGGCUGCAGAAGAGCGACAUCCAAGUGAAGCAAUCCAAGCCGCAGUCUGUGGCCAGCCAACUGCUGAUCCAGUAUCUCCACUCCAAGGCAAUUUCGCAUUCGACCAAGAACUCCAAUAAAAACACAGGUAACUACAGGAAUAUGUUGUGAUUCGUACCCAUGUAUUCCUGUAUGUACAUUGUGUUUUCAAUGGGUUUUCUGGUCAGUUUAAAUUAUCAAUAAAAGACCAGUUGCAUCUUA